UUGCCUUCGGACUUCUCUGGGGCCAGCAGCCGCCGGACCAGGGGCCCGGGGCCGCGGGCUCAGCCGACUACCAUGGGCUCUGUGUCAAACCAGCAGUUUGCAGGUGGCUGCGCCAAGGCGCCGGAGGAGGCGCCGGAGGACGCGGCCCGGGCGGCCGAGGAGCCGCAGCUGCUGCACGGUGCCGGCAUCUGUAAGUGGUUCAACGUGCGCAUGGGUUUCGGCUUCCUGUCCAUGACCGCCCGUGCCGGGGUCGCACUCGACCCCCCGGUGGAUGUAUUUGUGCACCAGAGUAAGCUUCACAUGGAGGGCUUCAGGAGCCUGAAGGAGGGUGAGGCUGUGGAGUUCACCUUUAAGAAGUCUGCCAAGGGCCUGGAAUCUAUCCGAGUCACCGGUCCUGGUGGGGUGUUCUGUAUUGGGAGUGAGAGGCGGCCCAAAGGGAAGAACAUGCAGAAGCGCAGAUCAAAGGGAGACAGGUGCUACAACUGUGGAGGUCUAGACCAUCAUGCCAAGGAAUGCAAACUGCCACCCCAGCCCAAGAAGUGCCACUUCUGCCAGAGUAUCAACCAUAUGGUGGCCUCGUGUCCAUUGAAGGCCCAGCAAGCUCCCAGCUCACAGGGAAAGCCAGCCUACUUUCGGGAGGAGGAAGAAGAGAUCCAUAGCCCUGCCAUGCUGCCAGAGGCCCAGAAUUGAGCCACAGUGGGUGGGGGCUAUCAUUUUGAGAUCAGGAAGUUUUGAGGAGCAGGCAUCAAUCGGCAGAAUGGAGAAAGUGGGGACAGGGUGGGUAGGGGGCAGCUAACACUGCCAUGUAUCUCAGGCCGGGGUCCACAGCAUCACCCCCUCUUCCCUCUUGGUGGGGGGAAGGGGUGAGGCAAAGGAACUCCAAUUAUGCUCUAUCCAAAUGCAUGUGAGGGCUUUAGGGGUAGCCCCUCCCUGCAUGAUAGUUAUCUGAGUCUCCACCCCAAGAAUCUCCAGCUUUUGAAAGCAGCCUGGAUAUAGGGAAGUUGUUUCACUCUUAAAGAAGGAUAUGGAAUAAUAUUUCCCAUGCCAGAGUGAAAAGAUUCAGCAUGAGACAAGAUUGAUG